AUGGGUACUGUCUAUGUGGCUACAUACUACCUCCCUCAGUGGUUUCAGAUCGUUAAAGGUGUCUCUCCCAUCAGAUCUGGCGUCAUGUACCUACCACUGUCAAUGUCGGAUGUCGCUUCUGCCUUGAUGGUAGGUAUCCUCCUGCCUUAUGUAGGUCUCACAAAUCCCUUCAUUCUGGCUGGCACGACUUUACUGGCUGUUGGGUCUGGUCUGUUGUCCACACUCGGCACGUCUUCGGGCAGCCAAUAUUGGAUACCUUAUCAAAUCCUUCCUGGGAUGGGCGCUGGAAUUACGCUCUGGAUGCCAUACGUAGCUAUUCAGACCGUACUGAAAGCCGAAGACAUCCCCGUCGCAACUGCUUUGCUGCAAUUUUUCCAGUCUUUUGGAGCGGCAUUGUUCCUAGCGCUCGCUCAAGCGAUUUUCUCGGGUGUUUUCAGUGCUUCCCUUAGAUCUAUCGACAUCGUUGGUUUGAAUCUAUCGGCUAUCGUGCACGCAGCCCCUGCAGACUUUAGGAAGCUUGUGCCGAAGGAAAAUCUUGCAGAAGUUUUGAAUGCGUACAAUCAGGGAGUGACGAGUACGUUCUACCUUGGAGCAGGACUGGCUGCGGCGGCUUGUGUUGCAAGCUUCGGUAUACAGUGGAAGAGCUUCAAAACAAAGGGCGAUUAG